AAAAUUGCUUUGCUGCCGUUGUCGUGCCUUGCACCGUAGUAUUUGGACAUCGGGAUGUGCUCUUAGAACGUGGCAGGAAAACAGUCAAACAAUGCAGGGCGUAGCAUCACGUGAUGCUGGUUGACAGUAGGGCAGGCUCAAGGCCAUCGCGCAAGUUCCUCGGCGAAACGGACGCAUUGAGAAACGAAGAAGAAGAAAACCUGCCGCUUUGAAGGAGAGAAACAUAGAGGUCGUCGUUGCUGCCAUUCGGUUGACGGACGGUACACUGUACCUUAGCGACCUUUCGGAAGUUGAAGCGACUGACUGGCCAAACUCCUUAGCUCGUCAACAAGCUGAUUUGUUGCAGUUCUGGCUCAUUCCGCGAGGCUCAAGCCCAUUGUAUUCACCUGCGGUGGUCAGCGCGUACGCCUCGACUUGGGGAUCUACAUGUAGUCGUGCCGAAAUCCAUGCGCUACAAAGUGAAAGUGGGAGAAGGCAGCCAGAAUACUUCCAAGACGACAUCCUGCCCAGUCUGCUUUCUAGUCCACUGUGGAGGCAGAUGCUUCUCAAGUGCAUGAAACAGUUGCAGUUCCAUCGCUUUGCUUGCUCGAGACAGAAGCGCCACGACGACACGCGCUGCGCUGGCUCCCCUUCCUCGAGAGCCGAUAAACAUCAGCGCGUUGGGCGGAGAUGCGGCUGCACGACGAGCGUGUCAUUCCGAGUUCUCCACUUAGUGCAGUUACUUGUUGUUCUUAGCCGGAGGGUGUCGUCACCGCCAACCAAAAUUAGACUCCCUCGAAGAGGUGCGGAAGGAAAAAAAAAAUAUGCCGCAGAUUCCGAAGAAUAGUGGGCCGUUUCACACAUCCCAUACUCAACGCAAGUCUGUUCAAAAAUUAGGACACUUUCCCGAAAACUCGAGUUUUCGCUGGAUCUCCCACACCGCAAAAGGAUCCCAAAGUGGUCAUUUCGGUCUUAGAGCUCAAGUGCACACGCGCGCGUCCCAGCAGCUAGCAGCCUCACCGAUGGAUUACCGUCAGUAUCAAGCACAGGAUAACUCGAUGCUCUCAUCGGCGCGUGGCAUGGCGCGGCUGAACGGCAGUAAUCGAGCGGCCUGGAACGCCAUGGACCUGCAGAUCGGAGCACAGGUACCGCCUUCCAAUGCCCGUGGCGCCCCCGAGGACGGUGGCGCGCUGUCCGCGCGCAACGUAUUACUUCGCCAGAAACUGCAAGAGCGCAAGCGUUACGACUCGGCCGACGACGCCAUGAAGAAGGCGGCAGCGCGCGCAGCGAACCGGUAUCAGAAGCAAGCCCAACCGAAUCAGAUGCCCGUUCAAGCUCCACAACAGAAUCAGAUGCCAGUUCAACCGCAGCAACAGAAUCAGAUCCAGUCGCCGGCUCAGAUCGGCCAGUCGGCCUUCUUCAACGCUAUGCAGGGCGACAGCUCCAAGCCCAAGCGCAAUGUGCAGCGCAACGCACCUACGGCACAGUACGAUCCUCCAGGAGGCGCCGAACAGGGCCGCAACGUACUGAUUCAGCGCAAACUGCAGAGCAAGCAAACGUUCGACUCGGCGGAUUAUCAGAUGGCCAGAGCGCGACACACAGCGGAGAAUAUGGAGGACACGCCCAUGGAGGACGUAAGUGAAGCCGAGCCCAAACAGGUAGAGGCUGUGAGUUCUCCCUGUGCGUCCACAGUCGCGAACGCGAGCCGCCGUCAGUUCGCCAGCAUGAGUCCGAGUCGUGCCGGUAAAUACGGCGCGCUCGAGAACCGGAAGAAGCCCAGUCGACGGGAUCUGCUGGAGAAGCAAAAGGAAGAUUCAGCAGUGACCGAGAAGGCACAGCAAGCGGCUGAUUAUGGCAAGAUGUCGGCCGCCCACGUGCUGAUUCGACGUAAAUUGAAGGAACGCAAGCGCUUUGACUCGGCAGAUUAUGCGAUGGAGAAGCAGGGCCAGCCCACGGAUGUGCCUGCUGAAGUCGUCGCUGGUCCGGUUGUUCCUGGCGAAACAACACCGAAAUAUGGCACGUUGGGCGCCUCGCAGGCGUCUAUUAACCACCAGGUGAAGCAUAUUAAGCUGUCUGAGGACCCUAGUGGACGUGUUGCGUCACCAGCCAAAACUGUAGUCGCUAAUGCUGCACAGGCUGCGUUGGCUGCUCGAGCAGCAAGAUAUGCUGGACUAAAGGGAGCAGGAGAAGCCAAACCAAUGGCGAAUAAUAGCACCUCACAGGCGGCGCUCGAUCGCUACGGACUGGACAAGAGUGUUGCGCCUACGGGGGCUGCUGCUGCACGCAAUGUGGUCCUGCAACACAAACUGGCGGAGCGGAAAAUGUUCGACUCGGCCGAUCACUUUAAGAAGGCCGCUUGAACACGACGCCCUACUUCCGUUGACGUAUAACGGGUGACUAGUAAGUAAGUGACGUUUGUAACAGUGAUGGUUCGACACGUAGGCACGAAGCAAGUGCCGAGUUGGUACAUACGUAGACGGAGAUUUGUGUUAAGACGUCUCGGAGCCGCGUUCAUCUCGACGCACAAGUACCAAACCCCAGCGCCAGAGUGAGCUUGUUUUUAUUUGCAUGUGACAGCUUUUUUUUUAAAAUAAAUUUUGCAUGAAGUGAAUGACGAAGUAAAGCGCAACAGACAAAGAGAAUGCUGCGUUAUUUUCAUUUCACGACCAGCUA